GAGAUAUUAUUUAAUAUUAUGUACCAAUAGGCAACUUAGUAUCCGAAUUAAAAGUACAAAACACAACUCUGUAGACAUUUUACAUCAAAUGGGGUUUGCGCUUUAGGGUUAAGAUGUUAGUUUGCUCAUGGACCAUAGGAACUUAGAGCCAACAGUUUAUAACCUGGAUUUGUUGAAUAAGUUAUUCCUGCCAACAAUUUCAAUAAGGUUCAAGGGGUCAACCCUAUGAUUGUGAAUUACAAAACAUAAUUAUGUAAGCAUUUCAAUCCAUAAACUGGCCAAUGCAAAAAUGGACCCACUUGUACUUUUGCACAUGGGGAAGGUGAAUUAAACACAAUGCCAUAUUUAUAAAGUUAAUACUAAUAGAUGUAAUAAUAAAUGAAAUAAAUGAAUUAACAAUAAUUAUAGGCAGAUCUUACCUAACAGAUACUUAUAAUGAUAUUAACUAAUAUGGAGCACAUCUUCCCUGGAUAGCAACAAAUUCUGUAUCUCUUAAAAUAAGGACAAGACAAGGCAAAGCAAGGGGAUACUCAGGGAGCAAGUGAUAUCAUCAAAUAUAUUAUACACGAUUAAGAAAGAUCAAAGGAGGAGAAAUAAUAAUAUUAAUAAAUCUAUAAUAAUGCUUAAAGGCAUUAUGAUUCAAAAUUGAAAGAGAUUUAAUCUUAAUAGUAAUAACAGCUUUAUUGAAAUAUAUUAUUAUUAUAUAUAUAUACACAUAUAAUUAAUAAUCACUUAUAUUUCAA